AAAAAAACUUCUUUUUUUUUUCCAUUUUCAUAAAAAAAAAAAACAUGACAUUCAAACAGCAAUCCACUGUUAUUUUUAUUCAAUCUACUGCUCACUGGGAAGCUAUUCAAAGACAAAAGGCCCAACUACUUGGAAUCAAGCCAUCAUCCGAGCCAGAAAGACCUCAAACCUCCUCAGUCAACGUUAAUAAAAAACCAACGUCAAAAGAAAAAGACACAAGCUCUAGACGAUCUCAGUGGAUUGGAAAAGAGGGUAGCCGAAGAAGACAACGUUGGCUAAACAAUAAUUUUUUAAAUCAUCCUUCUGCUGUACUUUAUGCUGAAGAUUUACGACCUCCUGGAUAUAAUAACCAAGAUUACGAUAAAUAUGAAUUAGAUGUUGCAGCAAGUGUAUUAUGUUCAACAGAUGAUGAUAAUUUAUUAUUUGAUGGAGAAGGAUUAGAAGACAACAAUGUAUUAUUACCGCAUGCGUUAUCUAGAAAUGUUCGAUACAACUUGAAAAAAACUCAUGUCUCUAAAAUUCUUGUUAGUAAUUAUGAAUCUCAGUUGAUGCAAUUCAUUAAUCUUUGGUUAGAUGAUCUAAAAUGUCUUGAUAAAGCUUAUUUGGAAAUUAAAGUUGUUUCAAAUAAUCAGUUUGAAAGAUAUAUUUUACAUACAAUGUGUCGAUACUAUGGACUUUAUUCAUUCAGUAAAACGGAUGAGCAAAAUAAUCGAAUAACAUACAUUUGUCAUCCAGCAUAUAUUAAUUAUGUGACAAAACAAGAUGUAGAAUCAAUAGACUAUAUAGAUGCAGCUAAUUGGACUAUGCCAGAAAAGUCUUUUUAUGAAUAUUUAUUUAAUCAAAAAAAUGUAUAAUUUGAUGAAUUAACUCUACUCAAAAAAAAAAAAAUCUUAGACAAAAAAGGAUAGUAAAAUAAAGAAGAAUUCAGUUCCUGCACUAUCCUUUUUCUCUUACAAAAAAAAAAAAAAAAAAAAAA